AUGCCUUUUCAAGACAAUCAAGAGAAUCUCUUGAGAUUCAUGGCCGAGCAGCAGUCUGUCCAGGUGAUCGAUACGUCGGAACGAUUGGUACCCAUACGAUGGUCGGAAGUCUAUCGGGAGGACAGGACGUUCCCAUACGAGCUGCAGGUCUAUGUCGACCAAGAAUGGCAGCUUCGGUCAAAUCUGUUUGGGUUGUUGGCUGACGGCAAGGAUCCUACAACGAGGGAACUCGCUCAGCUCUACGAGGGAGUGCUGCCAAAAUGGUGGCCUGUCAAACUCAGGCAGAGCGUAUCUAGUGCCAGAACUCGUAUGAGAAAGGAACGAGAACGAAUAGCUGCUACAGCAAGCAUCAGUCAACAUUCCGGAUCGCAGCAAUCGGCCACGACCGGUACAAGUAGACAGACCUCGAUGCACAAGCAGAAUCUCUCGCAUCUUUUGCUGCCGGGGUCCAUAUUCGUAGACGGCGAGAGGCUACCCAUACACACUCUGUGUAACGAACCAACGGAAGAACAGAUACAGCAGUUGAGACCACUUCUAGUCUCGGAAACUUUUGAAUGGUGUGAUGCAUCAGGUCAGCGUGUCGCAGGGCAAUGGAAGAUCCGGCCACCUUUGACAAUAUCGGAAAAUACCAAACUUUUCGGAGGAAACGGAAACGGAACUCUCUUCGUUCCCGUGUAUGAUAAUCCGGACAUCAUAGGAUACUUCGGUAUAACUCUUAAAGCUAUGUGCAAAAUCUUUCCGCCGACCGGAUACGUGGUUCGCACGCGCCGAGAGAACCAGUGGCCAGAAUGGAUCCAACACCUCAUCGACAAUGCCAUAAGGCCACUGACUGAUGAACAGGGGUCCAACGAGUGGCGUCUCAGGGAGAACUUGAGGAAAACCUCAGGGAAAAUCGCGUCGGAACCGACCUCCGCUAGUGCGCCCAGUACUGACUUCUCAUUUGAACAAGGGACCUUCAACUCUCUGGAAGCUCCACUGAACACUGGCAGCGUAUUUGAUCAAUCGGCUCAAGUCGGCAGCUUCUGGACAUUUGCACCUCGGAACCUUUAUGAAGCCCCUCACGAAACUACACAGGCGACCGGUCCUAGUAUCUCAACCGCCGUCAAUUCUGGAGGCUCGAGUACAAACCCUCGCACUCUGUCCGACACGAUGUCGCUACAGCACGUUCUCCAAUAG